AGAAAAAUGAGUCCAAGGAAACUCUUUUUUCACCUGUCUCCAUUGAAGAGGUACCACCUCGACCGCCUAGCCCUCCAAAGAAGCCAUCUCCGGUGAGUCCUUAGAUUCAAUCCUGCCUCUGAGAGGAAUGGCCUCCCUCUUUUGGCUCUCUUCCUUGGGCUCUGGAGCUUCCAGCUGAGCUGUAUUAGGGUAUUAAAAUGCUUCUCUCUUGGAUUUAGAAUUCACCUGAAACCAAAUCUAAACAGAAGCUUCCUUUACAUAAGAAUACAAAGCAGCAGGAAGAGGUAGUCAAAGUUCUUCAGUUGGGAUCCAGGGACUUGCUGAAUUUCAUUGCAUAUUCUGUUUCCCUGGGGGAAAAAAAGCAAUUCGAAUGUCCAGGGAAACUUGGCAAGCAUUCUUGUCCGGAGAACUGUGUGUGAUUGUUCUUUCUUUACCAAUAUAAAAACUCUGCCCUUAGUUCUCCCUGUGUGCAGAGUCUUCUGCUGAACACCAAUGGAAGUUUCAGAAUAGAUCCAAUUUCUGUUACUAUGUGUUCCCAGUUUACUGUGGGAGAUAGGACAGAGAAACAGAGAAUAGUAAUGUUUUGCAUUUAUAUACUCGCUAAAGCACUUCUAAACUCAUCAUCUCAGUCAAUUCUUACACUAAAAUUCUGUAAGUGGGGAGGAUAUAGUAAUGAUAGCCAAAAUUUACUGAGUUCUUACCGUGGGCCAAAAGGUGAUGUUAUUCUCAUUUCUUUGGAAUAACAGAACAGAGGAUUUGAGACAGGUGUAGUGACAAUGCCAGUAUCAGUAUGUUAACACAGCCAGUGGCAGUGUUGCCUAACUAGCUAACAGUGUGUCAGUUAAACUCCAGAUUGCAUAAUUCUCAAGCUGUGAGCUGCAAAGGUAAGAAGCCCAGUUCAUUGUAUGUUUCAAAUAAGCUAUUAUAAAACAUUAAAAUAUAUUAAUAUUUAGGAGGAUCAUUUAUAUAUAUCCCUAGGGUUAAAAGAAUAAUACAUUACUUUAUUAUUUUGCCUAUUUUUUUAGUUAAUGAUAUCUCUUCUGGUCCCAAAGAAUUUAGGGCUACUUGCAAAGAUGUAUAUACUUCUCAUGAAAUGAGGCAAUAUAAAUCUUACAAGAUUUGACUGUACUGAGGACAGAUACCUCUAUGUCUCCUCUCAUGUUAGUUGGUCUAUUGUAAUAGAUAGGGAAUUAAAAUAAAACAUAACAUUCCUUAUAUUCUGACUGAUAUAUUACAUGAAAAGCAUAAUUCUUUUAAUGUCCAGUAGGAUUAUCAUGAAAAUGUUAUAGAAUCUCUUUAGUAGGAAGAGUAGGCAUUUAAUUUUACAGGAUUUAAGAACUCUGCCUAAAGUCAAGGUGAUCAAUUAGCUUACCCUUAGGAAUCUCUGCCCUCCAUGUUGUGCUCUGUGCCUGACUCCAGCAGCCUCUGAAGUAGAAGCUAUCAUAUUGCCAGGAUUCCUCCCAGCAUGGCAAACAGAACAGCUGGGGACAAGAGUCCCCAUAGUGGGGCUAAGCAGAGACUGACAUCUGAAUCUCACUGCUUGGAUAUCAGACAAUCUGUGGCUCCAACUAUCCACUGAGCAUUGCCUUCAUUGUGGUGAAUGAAUUCUGCGAGCGCUUUUCCUAUUAUGGAAUGAAAGCUGUGCUGAUCCUGUAUUUCCUGUAUUUCCUGCACUGGAAUGAAGAUACCUCCACAUCUAUAUACCAUGCCUUCAGCAGCCUCUGUUAUUUUACUCCCAUCCUGGGAGCAGCCAUUGCUGACUCGUGGUUAGGAAAAUUCAAGACAAUCAUCUAUCUCUCCUUGGUGUAUGUGCUUGGCCAUGUGAUCAAGUCCUUGGGUGCCUUACCAAUACUGGGAGGACAAGUGGUACACACAGUCCUAUCAUUGAUCGGCCUGAGUCUAAUAGCUUUGGGGACAGGAGGCAUCAAACCCUGUGUGGCAGCUUUUGGUGGAGACCAGUUUGAAGAAAAACAUGCAGAGGAACGGACUAGAUACUUCUCAGUCUUCUACCUGUCCAUCAAUGCAGGGAGCUUGAUUUCUACAUUUAUCACACCCAUGCUGAGAGGAGAUGUGCAAUGUUUUGGAGAAGACUGCUAUGCAUUGGCUUUUGGAGUUCCAGGACUGCUCAUGGUAAUUGCACUUGUUGUGUUUGCAAUGGGAAGCAAAAUAUACAAUAAACCACCCCCUGAAGGAAACAUAGUGGCUCAAGUUUUCAAAUGUAUCUGGUUUGCUAUGUCCAAUCGUUUCAAGAACCGUUCUGGAGACAUUCCAAAGCGACAGCACUGGCUAGACUGGGCAGCUGAGAAAUAUCCAAAGCAGCUCAUUAUGGAUGUAAAGGCACUGACCAGGGUACUAUUCCUUUAUAUCCCAUUGCCCAUGUUCUGGGCUCUUUUGGAUCAGCAGGGUUCACGAUGGACUUUGCAAGCCAUCAGGAUGAAUAGGAAUUUGGGGUUUUUUGUGCUUCAGCCGGACCAGAUGCAGGUUCUAAAUCCCCUUCUGGUUCUUAUCUUCAUCCCGUUGUUUGACUUUGUCAUUUAUCGUCUGGUCUCCAAGUGUGGAAUUAACUUCUCAUCACUUAGGAAAAUGGCUGUUGGUAUGAUCCUAGCGUGCCUGGCAUUUGCAGUUGCGGCAGCUGUAGAGAUAAAAAUAAAUGAAAUGGCCCCAGCCCAGUCAGGUCCCCAGGAGGUUUUCCUACAAGUCUUGAAUCUGGCAGAUGAUGAGGUGAAGGUGACAGUGGUGGGAAAUGAAAACAAUUCUCUGUUGAUAGAGUCCAUCAAAUCCUUUCAGAAAACGCCACACUAUUCCAAACUGCACCUGAAAACAAAAAGCCAGGAUUUUCACUUCCACCUGAAAUAUCACAAUUUGUCUCUCUACACUGAGCAUUCUGUGCAGGAGAAGAACUGGUACAGUCUUGUCAUUCGUGAAGAUGGGAACAGUAUCUCCAGCAUGAUGGUAAAGGAUACAGAAAGCAAAACAACCAAUGGGAUGACAACUGUGAGGUUUGUUAACACUUUGCAUAAAGAUGUCAACAUCUCCCUGAGUACAGAUACCUCUCUCAAUGUUGGUGAAGACUAUGGUGUGUCUGCUUAUAGAACUGUGCAAAGAGGAGAAUACCCUGCAGUGCACUGUAGAACAGAAGAUAAGAACUUUUCUCUGAAUUUGGGUCUUCUAGACUUUGGUGCAGCAUAUCUGUUUGUUAUUACUAAUAACACCAAUCAGGGUCUUCAGGCCUGGAAGAUUGAAGACAUUCCAGCCAACAAAAUGUCCAUUGCGUGGCAGCUACCACAAUAUGCCCUGGUUACAGCUGGGGAGGUCAUGUUCUCUGUCACAGGUCUUGAGUUUUCUUAUUCUCAGGCUCCCUCUAGCAUGAAAUCUGUGCUCCAGGCAGCUUGGCUAUUGACAAUCGCAGUUGGGAAUAUCAUCGUGCUUGUUGUGGCACAGUUCAGUGGCCUGGUACAGUGGGCCGAAUUCAUUUUGUUUUCCUGCCUCCUGCUGGUGAUCUGCCUGAUCUUCUCCAUCAUGGGCUACUACUAUGUUCCUGUAAAGACAGAGGAUAUGCGGGGUCCAGCAGAUAAGCACAUUCCUCACAUCCAGGGGAACAUGAUCAAACUAGAGACCAAGAAGACAAAACUCUGAUGACUCCCUAGAUUCUGUCCUGACCCCAAUUUCUGGCCCUGUCUUGAAGCAUUUUUUUUCUUCUACUGGAUUAGACAAGAGAGAUAGCAGCAUAUCAGAGCUGAUCUCCUCCACCUUUCUCCAAUGACAGAAGUUCCAGGACUGGUUUUCCAGUACAUCUUUAAACAAGGCCCCAGAGACUCUAUGUCUGCCGGUCCAUCAGUGAACUCAUUAAAACUUGUGCAGUGUUGCUGGAGCUGGCCUGGUGUCUCCAAAUGACCAUGAAAAUACACACGUAUAAUGGAGAUCAUUCUCUGUGGGUAUGCAAAGUUAUGGGAAUUCCUUUAUAGGUAACUGCCAUUUAGGACUGAUGGCCCUAAUUUUUGAGGUGCUGAUUUAGAGGCAAAAUUGCAGAAUAACAAAGAAAUGGUAUUUCAAGUUUUUUUUUAUAAGCAAUGUAAUUAUGCUAUUCACAGGGGCCUCAAGAAUUGGUAUGUAUGAUGUGAUCUGGUCCAGCCAGGGCCUGGCUUGUCAGCUCUCUAGGUUUGAUAUGACUUUAGUAAAUUUGUCAAUAUAGAUGGUAGGAAGCAGAAUGCCAUUUUAUUAAAACACAGGAGAAGUUAUAUCUCUCUGAUUAUGAUAGUAUUUUAUUUACUUAUCCAAACCCUCCUUUCUCAGUAUGGAUAGAUCAUGGAAACCAGAUUAGAGAUAGUAAGCAUUAGUAAACAUUGUUCUGGAGAACAGGAACAGGUAUAAGUUGUAGAAAUCCUGAAGAGCCAGUCAUUCUUUUACAGAGUACAUUCUUCUUAGCCUCUAUGGUGCUGGUCUAUGCCCUUCAGUGAACAGUUGUAUAAACAAUAAUUAUAAUUUGCAACCUUGUCUUGUCAACCUUGCUGAUCCAGCUUUUUCUUAUUAUUACACCUUGUCUUGCUUAUUGCAGCAAAUAUUCAAUAACAACAAUGUUUCUAUAAGUCCAACUUCCUUUAUUAAUGUUUCCAUUUAGCCUCAAAAAUAUCAAAGUAGUUCCUUUUUGAUGUUGUUUUCCUGAUUUACUUUUCCCAUAAGUUUUAAAUACCAUUUCUGCCUUGAAGCCUAGAAAUUUUCUUUUUAUUCAAAAAAAGUUACAUUAAUGCUCUAGGUUUGAGGUUCUAAAAUGGAAAUGUCAAUAGAGGAGCAUGGUCCUAUGUGAGGUUCCUAUCAAAAUUUGUGGGAGUAGGGAUGGUAGAGCAUGAGGGUUUUGUUUGUGUAUGUGUAUGGUCAUGAAAAAAAAUUGAGAAACAUUACCUCAUACACAAUGAAUGAAUCAGAGGACAGACACGGGAAUGGCACGACUGUGCAGUGUGUUACUAGGAAAAAAGUUCAGAAUCACUGUUCUAGAGAGCUUCAUUUCCAUUGGUUUUAAAACAUUAUUCUCAUGUAGAACAGUGUUGGGUCUCAUACUGUUAAUGUUAAUACGUAACAAUGUUCAUGUUAACAGGCACCUGUUAAUAUUAACAGAUAAUGUUACUGUUAACAGGUAAGAGAAAUUGCUCUAAGUGCCCAAACUUUAUAUACUUCAGUUUUAAUGACAAGCAUUUCAGAAGUAUAAGAGCGGCAGCCAGACCAACCAGUUUUUCCAGAUAUCUUGAUGUGAACCUGACCCUACUCCUUUAGAAGACAGCCUGUUCAUUUUUAAAUAGCUUUAACCCAAACUGUUCUAUGACCAUUGUUUCAAGAGACAUUAACACAGUUCUGUAAAUAGAAGUGUCUAUGGACAAAUAAGUUUGGGAAAUGUGGCAUACUGUAUCCUUUUCUUAACAUUUGCAUAUUAAAGACUCUGAGAUAUCUUGCAGUAAAGACACAA